UUUUCCAGAAUGGAUGAUUUAUCGCCCUAUCUGUUGCUAUAGCAACGAAGCAUCCCUACAUUUUCCACGUUGUCUUUGGUUCAGUUGACACUGUGAUCUGGUUGAGAAUGGACCGGGUAUAAACAAGUUAUGGGAAAAGUAACUUCAUCCUUCUUCAACCAGAAAUGCAUGUCUCUUAUCUUCUCGUAAUUUAUCUUGGCUUUCUAAGAAUUUAAUUUAUUUACCACGGGGACUCUAUAAUCUUUGUUUAAGAAAAUGCUUUGAAUGCGUUAACAUUCUUUACUGUUUUUUUCAUAAAAGUGCUACAAGUUGACUCAAAACAUUUACCCUGAAUUUUGUGAAACAAUUUAUUCAAAAAUGCAUGCUGAUGUUAUGAAAAAAAUUCAGGAACGUGUUUUUAAAUUACAUUUUCCUCUGGUGAUAAUUAUAUUGCGAUAAAAAAUUAUUUUGAAAUUCAUAAUUUAUUUAAAAUCUGACGCAUUACUGGACUGGAGUUAUGCACUGAAAUUUUACCUACACAAUUCCUUAUAACGAAAAAUAUAAUCAUGUAUGGACUGAUAUUGGAAAAUUUGAGUCAAUAUAUUAUUUCUGUUUAUGGGGAAGCCAAAUGGAUUGAAAUACGAAGAUUAGCAAAAGUUGAUCAUGCUACUUUUAGCACACAUCAUGUCUAUCCUGAUAGUUUAAUUCCAAGGUUAACAUCCAAGGCUUGUAAAGUUCUUGGAGUAUCAGAAAGAGAAUUCUUGGAUCAAAUGGGAGUGUAUUUCGUCUCUUUUGUUGGGCAAUAUGGCUACGAUAGAGUUUUGGGUGUUCUAGGGCGUCACAUGAGAGAUUUUCUCAAUGGUCUUGACAAUCUCCAUGAGUACCUGAAGUUCAGUUAUCCAAGAAUGAAGGCGCCAUCUUUCUUCUGCGAAAACGAGACCUCUUCUGGACUCACUUUGCACUACAGAAGUACACGACGAGGAUUUCUUUGGUACACCAUUGGGCAAAUACGAGAAGUUGGCCGACACUUCUACAAAACAGAUGUUGUCAUCGAGGUUCUCAAAGAAGAGACUAUCUUUGACACUUUGCAUGUCAUGAUGCAACUGACCUUCGACAAUCGAGCUUUUCAGUUAGACCGACGACAAAACGUUCAGAGAAUAGACAAGAACAUGAUGCCCGUACAGGCAUUCCUCUUUCUUGAAAUAUUUCCUUUCUGUAUAGUAUUCGACGAAUAUCUAGUCAUUAGAACAAUAGGAAACAGUCUCUUAGCUGUGAUGCCAAAUAUUGUUGGCAAAAAACUAACUUUAGUGUUCGAAUUGACGAAGCCACUCAUUGAAUGUACGUGGAGAGCGAUCCACAGUCAUACAAAUAAUAUUUUUGAACUUUGUUCCAUUGAACCGAUAAAAGUAAAAGACGACUCCUUUUCGGAUAAUGUCUCUGAAAAAAGUAUUGAAUCUGAUUUCAAUGAUGACGACACAAGAUUAGAAGACAAAUUAUUACAUUUAAAAGGACAAAUGAUGUAUAUGGAAGAGUGGAAGAGUAUGGUCUAUCUAGGAACUCCUGUAAUGCGUGACUUGGAUGCAAUGGUACAUACUGGACUCUACAUCAAUGAUCUAAGCAUGCAUGAUUUUAGCCGAGAUAUGGUGCUGGCCGGACAACAACAAUCCGCAGAAUUGAAGCUGGCUUUGGAUCAGGAACUACAAAAAAGCAAACAAUUGGAAGAAUCGAUGAGAAAACUAGACAUAGAAAUGAAAAGGACAGACGAGCUUCUGUAUCAGAUGAUCCCGAAGCAAGUAGCAGAUCGCUUACGCAAAGGUGAAGCUGCUGUCGAAACUUGUCAGUAUUUUGAGAGCGUAACCAUACUGUUUAGCGAUGUGGUGUCUUUUACAGAAAUCUGCAGUAGAAUUACGCCGAUGCAGGUGGUUUCCAUGCUCAAUUCUAUGUACAGCAUAUUUGACAAGCUUACAGAAAAGCAUAAUGUUUAUAAAGUGGAAACAAUUGGUGAUGCUUACAUGGUUGUAUCAGGAGCUCCAGAAAUAGAAGAAAAACAUGCCGAAAAGGUUUGUCAAAUGGCGCUGGACAUGGUUGUUGUAAUUGAAGACCUCAAAGAUCCCUCUACAGGUCAGAGCUUAAAGAUCAGAGUAGGUGUUCAUACAGGAGCAGUUGUAGCUGGCGUUGUUGGCUUGAAAAUGCCCAGAUAUUGCCUUUUUGGCGACACUGUCAACACAGCUUCAAGAAUGGAAAGUACAAGUGAUGCUUUAAAAAUUCAUAUAAGUGAGAGAACGAGAAUGAAGUUGGAUCCAACAGAGUGGGAUAUAUCCGGCAGAGGGACAAUUCCUGUAAAGGGUAAAGGUGAAAUGAAAACAUACUGGCUGCAUGGUCGGUUUAAACCUUCAGAAUUUUAUGACGAUAUUCUUACACCUAAACUUAUAACACCAGAUCCAACAACAAGUGGUAUGUGUUACGACCUGCCAGAAACACCAGACACUCGCUCUUUAUAUUCUCCUGUUACAUUCGAAGACGUCUCCAGGUAUUCUCCUCUAAUAUCGCCAACAGCUUCUAUAUGUAGCGAUACAUAUCUCACCUUGGUACCUGAAAAGGACAGUUUAAGGUUGCCAGAGUCUUCAGUGUCACCACAGAUUGCUGGUUACAGAAAAGGUGCUAUUCCUCAAUAUACAGAUGAAGAAACACUUUCCGUAGUUAUGAAAAAAAAUGUUACAUGGGCGAACGUUGGCGUUCAAACAAGUCCCCGAAAUCAAUGUCCAGCUAAGGUGCCUACCUGCUUCCUAGAUGCUAAAGAUCACUUAGAGGAUGAGAAUAUGAUACCAAAAAAUGAAGAAAAUGGUUAUCUCUGCUUCAAAAAUAAUGAACCUUGUUGCCACCACAGCCAAAUUUUAGAAUGCAACUCAAUGUAUUCUUCCGCAGGUCAAUCUGGAAUUACUGUUCAUCCACCUCGCCGUACUUUCAAGGACGUUACGUCACGUCCGAACAAAAAGAACAGUAUUAAAGUUAUACACGUUGCACCAAGGGUUAGAGGUUCGAAUCCUGUGACCAGCGAAUCCGAAAGACUGCGACCACUUAUAAAGAGUAAUUCGUGUGUGUUUUUAUAACUGUGAUAAACUACGACCUAGAUUAAAAACAGUGCAUUCAAAUUUUGCACUGCAGGCUAUAUUUAUACUUUUUUCGCACAUAAAUUAGAGACAUAUUCGAUUAUGAAAGAUCACAUAUUUAUGAAUGUUGACGAAUAUAAAUGUUUUAAGAUUUUAAUGUAUGAAAGAGAAGAAUUUAAAACAUUUUCGACGAAAAAUGAACUAUUUUGGAUGUUCUAAUUGACGAUACUGUGAUAUGAACUGUCUUUUUUGUAUCAUUUUGAAGUGUAUUUCAUAUUAUUUAAUCAUAUUUCAUUGAACAAAUUUAAUUUUAUUGGGAAAUUCUU